AUAAUGACAAUUAUUCUUAUUUAUCUCUUGUUUGUUUUAUUUGUUGCUAUCGCAGUAGCUGGGACAGCUAUUCUUGUCUCAUUUAAAAGUAACAAAGAUUUUGACAAAUUGUCACCAUUUGAGUGUGGGUUUGACCCCUUAAAAUCGGCCCGUACCCCAUUUUCUUUACGAUUUUUUCUAGUAGCAAUAGUAUUUUUAAUUUUUGAUGUAGAAAUCACAUUAAUUUUACCUACCCCACUAGCCCUAAAAACUAGUGAACAAACAAUAGUAAUAAUAAUGGGCAUUACAUUUAUAAUCAUCUUACUUGUAGGGCUUUUUCACGAAUGAAGUCAAGGAGCAUUAGAAUGAGCAGAAUGGUUUAGUAUUUAA